AUGUGGCAAGCCGAGGACCAGAACCAGAAAAUGGGUGAUGAGAAAAUGGGUGAUGAGAAAAUGGGUGAUGAGAAAAUGGGUGAAGAGAAAAUGGGUGAUGAGAAAAUGGGUGAUGAGAUCAUGGGUGAUGAGAUCAUGGGUGAUGAGAUCAUGGGUGAUGAGAUCAUGGGUGAUGAGAUCAUGGGUGAUGAGAUCAUGGGUGAUGAGAUAAUGGAUGAUGAGAUCAUGGAUGAUGAGAUAAUGGAUGAUGAGAUCAUGGAUGAUGAGAUCAUGGAUGAUGAGAUCAUGGAUGAUGAGAUCAUGGAACCGUCUCCUCCAAUGGGGUGCCAAUGGCAGUGGUGGCGAGACAGGUGGCAAACGAGAUCACAGAUCUAA